AUGUCGACGGCGGUUGCGCAUGCUCCAGCCGCUCCAUUGCCAUCGCCGCAUAUGAAUCGGGAUCAAAGUCCAAGAAACUGCCCGACCCUGGCACCAGCAACGACGAGUUCGCAGUCUAGCUUGACACCUCCUCGAAUCUCGCACGAUGGCUCAACGGCAAAGAGUUCACCAUCGGGUCGGAAGCCCACAUCACCCUCAUCGCAGAACGGCAGCAACCUACCCAAGGUCAUCGUGAAAAAGGAACCACCGUCUUCGCCUGCCAUGCAAACACAGUCACGCACACAGACCAGCAGUCGGCCUCGACCCCGGAAGUUAGACCUCACCACCAGUCUACCGAAUGCGGGCGGUCUGUCCGCACGAGCCCCCGGUGGGCCCAUGACAGCUCGGGACGGAGUCAGCAUGCACCACGUUGGAAUUGCUUGCCUGUCACCAGGAUUCCAAACACAUGACCCCAUAAUGAGGGAGCAGUUACAGCGGAGUCUCUCCGUACGAGAUCAGCAGAGAUCGAUCAUUGAAUCUCGACUACAUAAAUCGGCCAAGGAUGACGGUCCCGAUGGUGUGAGACCCUCCGAGUCGAACACGUUUGGUAUCCCAAAGACUUCUUCGAAACGGAGGCCGCCCCCUGGUCUAUCGAUUGUCCCUCCGUCUGCCGCCCAAUUUGCCAAUGAGCGUGUCAUUCAAUCUGCACCCUUGAACCAGACGUUUACAGGACGACACCAAGCGCAGCCACUGACCCGUCACGUCAUGAAUCAAAGCCCGACUCUGGGUUCUAGCUCGCACAUCCAUCAUGUUCCUGCUACACAAACCAACAAUCGCCUCCCACCGCUGUCGGACGUCUUUGGGUCUGACGCUCUCGGUUCUCGUGACCGGGACUCCAACCGCGGCCCAUUCUACCAGGGCGCUUCGGCCACAAAUUCCUCACAGUCCAACAAUCUACCCCCACUACCAUCCCCAAGAAUGCCCGGAAGUGUGACCCAAGCCCCCAGCCGGCCUCGGGAAUACCGCUCCGCAGAGGAAGCCGUACAUGAGUUGGCCGGAGGCCGAGAGGAACUCCUGCCGCGCAUCGUACACUACAAUGGUCACCAGCCUCCGACUCCGCCGUCUCCCCGCCUAGGUAACGGUCAACCCAAAUCACGUCAUUCGAACCCCGAGACGGCACCUUUGGCAGGCGCCCAUACGCCCAUCCAACCGGUUCUGCACGCUGGCGAAGGAACCGCUCGGCGUCGUACGCGCACUGAAUAUGAACAGGAUAAUGGCAGCCCGCCCCUUGGCCAUGGCCCCGAACCCCACUACCGACCCAAUCCAGCCUUGACCGCUGGUACAAACAUCGCCUAUGGACCCUUCGGCGCGGGCAGAGACUCUCCCGAAACCCAACGGAAGAAGAAGGAAGAGUUCUUAAGUCUGUGUGCGCGAGCAUGGGAUCUCUUCCACUCAUAA